GAUUUGAAAUUUGAAUACGGUAGUAAGUUAUCCUGCAGUGUCGUACUUCGUUCUGGCUACUAUAUUUCCGGUUUUUCUUACUUCAAAUUCCUCAAUAAAGCCCUCAAUUUAAAUCCAUCGCUUUGGUUUUUGUCAGUCACUUCGAAUGCCUUAAGAAUCUUGCAUUCACGAUCAAAUCUAUCCCGGAAAAGUAUCUUCAAACAUUUUAAUUCCAGGCGUGUUAAAUAAGUUUUCACUAUGCAAGUAGAGUAUAAAUUCGAUGUGGAUUAUGCCAAAAGUAACAGAUCUAAUUGCAAUAAAUGCAGAGUUGAAAUCGACCAAAAUUCUCUGCGUAUCGCCAUGUUGGUACAAGCACCGAAUUUCGACGGGAAAAUCCCCAGAUGGUUUCAUUACGAUUGUUUCUGGAAAUCGAAAGCGCAUGUUGAGAGUACUGCUGAGAUUAAACAUUUCGAUUCCAUUCGUUGGGAAGAUCAAGAAAAAAUUAGGUCUGCAAUCAAUAGUGAAAUCGGUUCUUUAAAGCCAACCAAAACCCGUAAAUUCACUGUGAAGUUAUCAGAUGGGGAUUUAUCGUGUCCUCAUUGCCAGAAACCACUAAAGCAUGAACGUCAUACAGUAUGUGAAUCUGGAAAAAAGCCAACAUUCAUGUGUCACCUAUCCUGUUUUCUUAAAAGUAAUGAGUGUCCAGAGGAUAUUUCACAACUGAUAGGUUUUCGUAAAUUGUCGACUGUCGAUCAGGAUGCAGUUGUUUUGGCAUUUCGUGAAAACUCAAAGGAAAAUCGUAAACGUCCUGGACAGCAAACUGAACAAGAUUCAAAAUUGAAAAAACCUAAAUUAAAUGGAGAUGUUGAACAGGAUGAAUUACGUAAACAAAAUAAAUUAUUAUGGAGUUUAAGAGAUAAACUAGAAAGUCAAGUAUCCAAAGAAGCAUUAAUUGGUUUAUUGGAAUACAAUAAACAACAUGUUCCAUCUGGAUUAUCUCGUCUAUUAGAUGCAGUUGCUGACGCUAUGAUAUUCGGUGCUCUACCAUAUUGUCCUAGUUGUAAAAAUGGACCAUUACAUUAUAGUAAUGGACAGUUUAAAUGUAGUGCUAUGGCAACUGAAUGGGUUCAAUGCCUUUAUUAUACACGGACACCUGAUCGAAGAAAGUUUAAAAUACCUGAGGAAUAUCAUGAUGUUGAUUUUUUAAAAAAUUACAAAUAUGUUAAGCGUACACGAUUAUUUCCACCUGAUUCAGUGUCUGAUGUUACUGGUCCAUUAACUGGCCUGUUUUUCUACAUUACAAAUGGACCAUUCGACAGCGGAAAAACAAAAGAACAAUUAAUACGUGAAUUGGCCAAUCUAGGUGGUGCUAUUAUGAGUAAGCUCAGUGUUAAUUCAAUUGUUGUCUCCACAUUGAACGAAUUGGAACAAAUUCAAAGUGAUAAUAAUGAUACGAAUAAAACUUACUCGAAAGAAGCACUGACAACUGCACGUUCUUAUGGUUUACGUGUCAUUAAUGAACACUUCUUAUCAGAAUUCAAUCCUAACAGUUUGGACUCUAAAAAAUUGGAAUCGAAAAUCCAGCAACUCUUAGCCAAAUAUACAAUAUGCAAUUGGGAGGUGAAGGCUCGUGCAUUAAAAGUUGAGAAAGAGGUGAAAAAUUUACUAUUGAAUGAUGAUAACGGUGAACAAGAAAUGAUGCGAAUGAUAAUGAAAAAUGGUGCAGUGGUCGAUCCUCAAUCAGAACUGGUCAAUAAAGCCACAGUAUUGAAAGAUGAGAAGGGAGAAUUCAUGACUGCUGUACUCGGUAUGGUUGAUUUAAUCAAAGGUUCCAAUUCAUUUUACAAACUUCAAGCGCUUCAAUCUGAUAAAUCAUCACGUUGUUGGGUAUUUCGCGCAUGGGGUCGUAUUGGUACAUCGAUUGGUGGCACUAAAAUUGAAUCGUUUCCUAAUGCCACUUCAGCUCGUUCAACAUUCAAAGAGAUUUAUUUUGAAAAAACUGGCAAUGAAUGGGAGGAUCGUAAAAACUUUCGUAAAAUGCCACAUAAAUUCUAUGAGUUAGAAUUAGAUUAUAACUCUUCAAAGAAGAAUGAAAUUCAAACUAUCAGUAAUAUACCAUGUAAACUACACCCGGCUCUACAAUCGCUCUUAAAAUUUAUUUGUGAUGUUAAAUCUAUGGAAAAAACAAUGGCGGAGUUUGAACUUGAUCUAAGAAAAAUGCCUUUGGGUAAACUGUCUAGUAAUCAAAUUCAUGAAGCUUAUGAUGUAUUGAAUUCUCUCAGUAAACUUGUUAGUUCACGUCCUUCUACUAAACAACAAUCUCAAACAUUGGAUCGAACACAAAUACUAAGUGAAUCUACACGUUUCUAUACAUUGAUCCCGCAUGAUUUCGGUUUCAAAACACCACCAAUGUUAGAUAAUAAGAAAAUUAUUACCAAGAAAAUACGCAUGUUAGAAGAUCUGUUAGAAAUUGAAUUAGCUUAUAAAAUGCUACAAACUAAAGGAGAUUCUAAACGUAAUCCAUUGGAAGAGCAUUAUGAACAGUUGCAUACUAAAUUAGAGCCUUUAGAUAGUAAUUGUGAAGAUUAUAAAUUGAUUUUGGAUUAUGUACGUGAGACUCAUGGCGCUACACAUACACAAUAUACACUCGAAGUAUUAAAUAUCUUUGAAGUACAUCGUGAUGGAGAGGAUAGUCGUUUUGCCAAGUGUAAAAUUGCUCAACAUAAUAAACAGUUGUUAUGGCAUGGUUCACGUCAAACAAAUUGGAUGGGUAUAUUAUCUCAAGGUUUACGAAUUGCACCGCCUGACGCUCCAGUUACUGGUUAUAUGUUUGGCAAAGGUAUUUAUUUCGCUGAUAUUGUCAGUAAAUCAGCUAAUUACUGUUUUACGACACAAUCUCAACCGGAAGGACUCUUACUAUUAUGUGAAGUUAUCCUAGGUGAUAUGAAUAAAUGUUUACAAGCGGACGCGAGUGACUUGCCACCAAACUAUCAUAGUCGUAAAGGCAUUGGGUCAGUUACUCCGGAUCCGUCGACAUUUCACACCAAUAAAGAUGGUGUUGUUUAUCCUAUUGGUAAACCGAUUGAUUCAAAUGUAGCAAAUACCACUUUGUGUUAUAAUGAAUACAUUGUAUACCAUGUAUCACAAGUGAAACAAAAAUAUUUAGUUCGAGUGAAAUUUCAUUACAAAUGAACAACAAAAACGAAAUUGUUUUUUGUUCACAGCUAAAAAUUGUCAUCUCAAUUACUCUAUUUCUUAUAUCAAUCGUUUUGCUCAUGGUGUGUGUACGUGUCGUUGAUUAAUCUCGGUGCGUUUAUUACAUACAAUCAAUUUUAUUAUUCUCCGGUGUCUGAAUCAUUUCGAGUAUUAUUUUCAUUAUUAUCAUCUAUAGAGCUUAACAUAUAUACAUUCGUAUCAUUCAUUUGAACUCCUGAGAUCAUUUAACAGAGUCAAUAAAUCAAUCAAAUACGUUCAUGCUUUUGGUUGUUUCUUUUUUUUUUCUAAAAAAAUUCUUUUUAC